CGCAACUCCACUCCGGUGGAGAAGAAGAAGAAGGAGAAGAAGGACAAGGAGCGGGAGAACGAGAAGGAGAAGAACGCUCUGACCAAAGACCGAGCACAGAAGCAGAGACUGAUGACAUCAUCACCCAGCGCCACCAUCCACAGAUCCAGACCAGAGAGCAGUGUCUCACGGUCCAGGAACAGACCUCCUUCUCCUGCGGCUCCUAAACCUCGUCCUCUGUCUCCGUUGGUGCCGUCAGCAGGCAGCAGGACGCUCCCCGGCAAAAAGACUCCUCCUCCUCCUCCUCCUGCAGGAACCAGGAGCCGACCCAAACGGGCCCAGACCCCUGUCAGAGUCCAGCCCCAGGUGGUCUCUACCGUCACCGUGGAAACAGGACCUGAACCCCGACAGGUUGAUGCUUCGGAGGAGAGGAGGAGUCAGUCUGGUUACCAUGGCUGCAGUAAUCUUCCUGCCAUYGUGGUCUCCUCAGCUCCACUGACACCUCCUUCUCUCAGCCCUUCGGUUGUGUGGACAGCGUCUCCUCCUGCAGCCACCUCCAUCACUGCUCCUCCUGCAGCCGUCUCCGUCACUGCUCCUCCUGCAGCCGUCUCCGUCACUGCUCCUCCUGCAGCCGUCUCCGUCACUGCUCCUCCUGCAGCCACCUCCAUCACUGCUCCUCCUGCAGCCGUCUCCGUCACUGCUCCUCCUACAGCCUCCUCCAUCACUGCUCCUCCUGCAGCCACCUCCAUCACUGCUCCUCCUGCAGCCACCUCCAUCACUGCUCCUCCUGCAGCCUCCUCCUCAGGUGCUCCAACCAGCAAACCGUCUGCUGGCACCAACAACCCAGAGGAGGCGUCUCGUGUCCUGGCGGAGAAACGAAGACAAGCCAGGGAGCAGCGGGAGAAGGAGGAGCAGGAGCGUGUGGAGCAGGAGCAUCGUAACAGGGUCCUCCGGGAGGAGGCCAUGGCCCGUGAGACGGAGGAGAGGAAGCGGCGGGAGGAGGAGGCGCGGUUCAUGGCGGAGCAGCAGCGUCUGAGAGACGAAGCUCAGCGACUUGAGGAGGAGAAAGCUGAGCAGGAGGAGAACCAGAGGCUGCAGAGGCAGAGGGAGGAAGCCGAAGCCAGAGCUCGCGAGGAGGCGGAGCGUCAGCGCGUGGAGCGGGAGAAACACUUCCAGAAGGAGGAGCAGGAGCGUCUGGAGCGUAAGAAGCGCCUGGAGGAGAUCAUGAAGAGGACUCGGAGGAGCGACGCAGGAGAAAAGAAGGAGGUCAGAGCGUCUCCGCAGGUCAACGGCUCUGAGCUCAGUCAGGUUCCCGGGCCCCAGCAGGGCCCCCCUGCAGUGGUUCCUGGCCCCUCACAAAGUGGCCCUGUGGUCAUAAACGGCAUCCAGAACGGCGUCUCAGCCAGCGGUGACGGACAGCCCCUGCUGACCUUCGAGGGGGCGGAGCCUUUCCUGAUGAAGACGGGUGCUUUGAAGCCUCAACAUGUCGCAGAGGUCCUGUGAGUCGUCAUGACGACACUGCCUCGUCUCGUCUCUGGAGCUUUGAGAUUUACGCCCCACAAUCCCGGCAGCGUGGGGGACAUGGUGCCAAACUGCCCAGGGUUGGACUGCAGCUCCACAGAGGAGGAGGAGGAGGAGGAAGAGGAGGAAGUGAACUCAGAGUUUUGUUUGGGUGCAGCACGGCUCUGGUUUCACUCACAUGUCUCCUGCAGGUUGGACGAUGCACCUUAGAGAUGACUGACUGCAGGAAGUUUAAAACACUCUGACCCUGGGUCAGCUCCAUGUUUGACAGUGGUUCUUCUUGUUCUUGUUCUGAUGUUACUUUCAGUUGUGUGUUUGUGUGUUUUGCUGCUUUUGUCUUGAAUUGUUGAGUUAUUUAACGCUGGCAGAGUAGCUGGAUGUAAAUGUAAAAAGAGCAGCUGCCUCGGCCUCCUGUUGCAGGACUUCUGUCUAAUAAAGCUUUGUGAAACCA